CAUUUCCGGACUAUGCUGAGGUAGUUUCGAACGUUGUCGCCGCCAAAGAUGGCCUCCCUGUAAAGAAAGUCAAGGAACAGCCAAUCACCGAUUGCGUUGUCCAGUGACGCCUUUCAUCGAGCAUCCAGUUUCAAAACGUUAGAAACCUAGCCGAAGAAUGAGCUCAAGCGAACAAAAUAUAAAACUCGAAGGAGAUGUAUUGGAUCCACAGUCAUCGCAAAGUGUUUUUGAUCAAAGUAUUGAUGAGCCCAUCACAGCCUUGAAGACCGACACAAUACAGGUGAAGGAAGAAAAAAUUUCCGAGCAGCGACAAUCCGACCACGAGAGCAAUGAACAGAAUGACCCAGGUAACGAGAAGGCGAAUAUCGAACCACCCGUGGACAAAAAACGGCGACACAAAUGCGACGUUUGUGGCAAAGCAUUCACGGAGAAAUUCGUCCUCAAGAAUCACCUUCGCUCGCAUACCGGUGAGAGACCAUUUAGCUGUGACAUAUGCGGGAAAAGCUUUAUACAGAAAAAUCACAUGCUCCGGCACAAGCUAUGCCAUUCCAAGGAACGACCAUUCAAGUGCAAACUAUGCAAAAAGAGCUUUCUUACCCCGGACUACGUGAAAAUCCAUAUGCGCGUCCACUCUGGCGAUCAAAGGUACAAGUGUAGUAUUUGCGGCAAGAUAUGCAACACCAGCAAGAGCCUCGAGUUGCACGGUAAAACUCACAACGGCGAAGAUCCGUUCAGAUGUGAAACGUGCGGUAAGAACUUUUCCAAUCUUCACUAUCUGAGGGCUCACCGACGGAUUCACACCGGAGAGGACUUGUUCAAGUGUGAGGUGUGUGGGAAGCAGUUUCCCUUCAAAUAUCAUCUUCAAACGCACAUGGUAGUUCACACCAACGAGCGUAGCCGCAAAUGUGAAAUUUGUGGCAAGGGAUAUAUCACCAACUCGGCUCUAGCGGUGCAUCGUCGCAGUCACACCGGCGACAAGCCGCAUAAGUGUAACAUGUGCGGCAAACUGUACACGACGGCCAGUGCGCUUAAAACACAUCUCAAAAUGCACGACAAUCCGUACAAAUGCGACGUCUGUGGGACGCAGUUCACCGAGAGUUUGUCCCUGAAAAGGCACAGGAAAACUCAUUUCGGUCGGAAGCCAAGGAAACGGUCUGUGGUGGUGGUGCGUCGUUAUAAAUGUAAAAUUUGUGCCCUCGAGUGUGCCGAUGCCCGUUCGCUCAGAAAGCACAGACGAACACAUUCGGUUAAAAAAGUUAAAAAAUCCGAAGUAUACAAAUGUGACAUCUGUGAGAAACAGUUCACAACCGGGGAUUAUCUGGAGAAUCACAUGAAAAUUCACACCGAUGAAAAUCCUUACAGAUGUGAUAUCUGUGGAAAGCACUUUCAAACUAACAGUUGCGUGAAACGACACGUGAUAUGUGUGCAUUCUAACAAACUGCCCUUCAAAUGCACGGUUUGCGACGAAGGUUUCGCUAAUGAUCUUGGUUUGCGGCAGCAUCGUUUCGUUCAUCUCGACGUAGAACCGGAUCAGUGUGAAAUCUGUGGUAAGAAGUAUUUGAAAGGUAACGGCCUGAGGACUCACAUGCAAAGGAAGCAUUCUCAGAAAGGGUCUGUGGAUGAUACACCGAUCCAAGAAGCGGCAAGUGAGACAAUAAAGGAUGAUCAAGCACAGCCAAGCGAAGAAACGCUGCCGAUAAACGUUAACAAACAAGAACCGGACGAAAAACCUAGUCUUCCCGCACCGAAAAUUGCUCCGACUUUUAAAUGUGACAUUUGCGAUAAGGAGUUCGCUCGGAGACCGCAGCUUGCGAAUCAUAGGGUGCGGCACACCAAUGAAAAACCCUUCGGCUGUGAUGUUUGUGGGAAAGACUUUUACAGCAAGCCCGAGCUACGCCGACACAAGCUCAGCCAUACCAAGGAACGAUUGUUCAAAUGUACUCUAUGCGAGAAAACGUUUACCACCAGCAGCUACUUGACGUUGCACAUGCGCAUCCAUACCGGGGAACAGUUGCACAGAUGCGAUUUUUGCGGCAAAGGUUACAACACUCGGGAUGGACUGACGUUGCAUCGGCGAAGCGCUCAUACCGGCGAACGGCCGUUCCCGUGCGACAUAUGCGGGAAGACAUUUUCCGUUCACAAUCAAAUGAAACAGCAUCAACGAAUUCACACCAGCGACCGGAACUACAAGUGUGAUAUGUGUGAUAAAGCUUACUUCAUUGAAAGUCAACUGCGACGGCACAAAAUUUCCCACAUGGAAGUGAAACCGGUCACUUGUGAAACCUGCGGUAAAGGAUUCCUGAACAAUUACUUCCUUAAGCUACACCUUCCGAUCCAUACGGCCGGUGGCCUGCCACACAAGUGCGAGUUUUGCUCGAAGAAAUUUGCCACUUCGAUUAUCCUGAUCCGGCACCGUCGCAUUCAUACCGGCGAGAAACCUUACAAAUGUGGUGUCUGCGAAGAAAUGUUCUCAAGACCGGCAGAGCUGAUGAGACACGAGCGCAUUCAUUCCGGUGAGCGGCCCUACCGCUGCGAGCAUUGUGGUGAAGGUUUCCUUAAGGCACUCGAUCGGAAGCAUCACGUUCAGCUUGUUCAUGAUGGUAAGCUACUGGUUAAGUGCGAACUUUGCAACCGACUGCUCGGAACGCAGAGGAGCUUGGAACGACAUCUGGCUUCGAUGCACGCGGCCGAAACCGGCGGCGGAGGUCCAUCGCAGAGUGAAUGUGUCAUCAAGUCGGAGGAGGUAACGAAGCAGCAGCAGGUGAAAGUGGAAGAUGCUGUUGGGGCGAACACUGGGGAUGUUUGCGAGUGAUUCGAAUUAGUAAAACAAUGUUAUGAAAGCUUAAUCUUAUAUUAGACUUAAUUUUUAAUUUUGACUUCCCCCUUAAUAUAUCACCCUUAUGCUAUUUUACAGUAUCCAACAAAUUGAAUAUUAAC